GGCGGAGAGUGUGGCUGCAGCCCCUGUGAGAGGACUGGCGGGGUGAGGGCGGCUCUAAGAGGGAAGGAGGGUUAACGGGGACCUUUCCUUUGCUGCCCUCACUCACUCCUCUUUCCGCCCGGAGUUUGCCUAACCUUGCUAGCAGUUCUGUGCUGCGGUGUCUGACUGAUUUUACGUUUCUGUGGAAUGUACGCCCGGCUCCCGGUUGUCAGUUGUUUUCUGAGGCUGUUUCCUUAUUCUGUUUCCGUCUUGAACUCUGGUGCUGUGGGCUGAGUCUCGCAGGAUGUUGGGAGACUGGCAGGACGUCCAAAGGAGUCAGUAACAUGAUAGCCAAGCUUGCCAAAACCUGCACCCUCCGCAUCAGCCCAGAGAAGCUGAACUUCAUCCUCUGUGACAAGCUGGCCAGUGGAGGCGUGAGCAUGUGGUGUGAGCUGGAGCAGGAGAACUUUUUUAGUGAAUUCCAAAUGGAAGGAGUCUCUGAAGAAAACAAUGAGAUUUAUUUAGAAUUAACGUCGGAAAACUUAGCUCGAGCCUUGAAGACUGCCCAGAACGCCAGAGCCUUGAAAAUCAAGCUUACUAACAAGCACUUUCCCUGUCUAACCGUGUCCGUAGAGCUGUUGUCUUCAUCAAGCAGUAGCAGAAUUGUGGUACAUGAUAUCCCCAUAAAGGUUAUUCCGAGAAGACUGUGGAAGGACUUACAAGAACCCUCCAUCCCAGAAUCUGAUGUCAGUAUUUAUCUACCAGCCUUGAAGACAAUGAAGAGUGUCGUGGAUAAAAUGAGGAACAUCAGCAAUCACCUUGUUAUUGAAGCAAACCUAAAAGGAGAACUAAACCUAAAGAUAGAAACUGAGUCAGUAUGUGUGACAACACACUUUAAGGAUCUUGAAAACCCUCUACUACCUUCUGACAGUGUCUCUCAAAACAGACACCCAGAAGACAUGGCCAAGGUGCACAUCGACAUAAGGAAACUCCUCCAGUUGCUUGCUGGACAGCAAGUGGCUCCCACCAAGGCGGUGUGCAAUAUCGUCAAUAACAGAACUAUUCACUUUGAUCUGCUCCUGGAAGACGUCUCCCUUCAGUAUUUCAUCCCAGCCUUGUCCUAGCACCAUCUCAGCUGACCCAGGAGGACAGAGGACUUUGUCGUGAUGAGAGAAGCACUGGACGAUAUGGUCAGUCAGCUGCCUGUCCUCACAGUACCACACAUUUGAACUGGGCUUAUUUCUCUCCCUAUGCUGCUUUAAACACAAAUGGAAGUCGUGAAGCACAGUCGGAUAGUCAUUCCUUCAUAUGACUCAGUACCAACCCCUUCGCCCUUUAAGCCAUUAAGAAGAAAAGAGAAUUUAUUUUUUGUAGGGUUUUUGUUGUUUUGUUUUCUUUUGGUGUGGGCGAUGAGACCAGGGCCUCGUGUGCUGAGCGCAUGCUCUACCACUGAGCUGCCCCCAUUCCUAUCGACAAUCUGAGUAGCAGUUUGUCACUACAGUUGCAAAAGUUAUCAUAUGUGUAAAAUUCAUGUUGCAGUCAUAAUUCACAGGAGCGCCACCCAGGUAGCUUCCAGCUCCUUCCCUGGUAUAGCACAGCUGUCUGCUUUCAGAUUUUACUGUGCUCAUUUCUCCCACCCACACAUCUGGAUGCUCAGUACAAAAUGGACGGCCCCUCUGUCCCUGCAGCGUGCCCGGUUUCUCACCACACUGAGUAUACACCUGCAGCAUGUGGAGCCUUGCAAGAUUACUGAAGAUUCGAGUCCACCGACUUCCCUCUCACGGCCUGCAGAGCCUCCCAGCCCGGACAAAUGGGUCCCUGAGAGUCUAAAGGACCCAGAAACCCUACCGCACACAGUUCCCAUCUUGAACUUGUCCGUUUUGUACUUUCUGCCUGAGCCCACUUUGGCUUUAGGUUAUAACUUACUUCCCUGUUCUGUAGGACUCAGGCUCCAGCCCAGGACUAGGUACAUGCUAGGCAAGCGCUCUGUGCCAAACUGUACCUCCAGUCCUUUAUUCCACAAUUUUGCAUAAAUCUUUCCAAGUGUCAGGUCUACCCUUCUAUAAAACCUUGUGUUUGCAGUCUGAGCUUGGCUGUCACAUUUGAAGCGAUGACGUAUGUCUGCUCUUGAAUUGGAGAUGGCAAUGUGAUUUCCUAUUCUCUAAAGACACCGUUCGCAGGUUUCAGGUGUCCGUGAGGUGGCAUCAUAAACAAUUUUCAUGUCAGAAAGUCAAGACCUAAGUUGCCUAGGGUAAGAUUUAAAAAGAAAAAAGAAAAGUAAACAAAAAGAACAUUUCUUUUUUGGCUUUUUCAAAUUAUUUAGUAAAACUAUUUCUCAACAGCUGUUAGGAUUAUUCUUCAUAGUUUCCAUUUUUAUCCGAAAGGUUCUGUGUAAGUCAAGCUGGACUCAGAUGAACUGUACAUAGAUUGGCCUAGAACUCCUGAGCCUCCCACCUCCUGCUCCCAAGUGUUGCCAUGACAGAUAUGAGCCAUCAUACCACUGGCUCUUCUGCUGUUUAAUAAGAUAUGUUUAAACUACAUUUUAAAACUAGGGAUUCUUAAUUGUUAAAGCUCAUAACAAAAAUCAGUCAAAAUCAUGAUGCAGCUAGAAUUUCAGGACACUCCCUAUACCUUGUUCCUUGGGCUUGUCUUUUUUGCCGGAAGUACCAGAACUAGUCACUAAUUUCACCGCUGCACCGCAUACCGGAUGUGGUUUACUUUACAGUGACCCAACGUGGGGAAGAAGAAGCUUCCACUGGCAGCCAAGGGCUGUGGUCUUUCUGGUUCUGGUCACAACUUUCUGCAUGGUGAUCCUUUCAUAGCUUAUGUCUCAAGGAGCUGUGGUCAAGGGAGGGAGCUGAGAAAGUGCUGGGCUGUGGGACCUCGAAGCUGCUUUGUGGAGCUCCAUCCUGAAGUGGGGGCAGACUGGAGACAUUUUACCGUGUGUUGAAGGAGCAAGUUGUCUGAGGUUUGGAGACAUUCACUUACUGUGACUGCCUAAGGCUCUGAGGUUUGGAGAGGGUUUCCAUAUAUAUGCAAGCCACUAAGAGGACCCCCCAACACACACACCUGCCAGGGCUCAGAACCCACAUCCCGGUAGCCAUCUAUGCCUUGAGCUGAGGUUUUACGACUGUCCUGAGACAGUCAGGAGUGCAGGCAGAAUUCCUAAUGCAGUCACUUAUGCCAAUGUCCGAGUGGGCUUGUUGUCCUGUGGCCUUCCCUUGUCCAGCAGGCACCUUCCUACCCAGCAGCUCUCCACACUGCAUUGGUUUGUCCUGCUGUGCAUCCUGCCACAAAGAAUCCUGCCCUUGGAAGCCUGAAAAGCAAUUCAGCAUUAGUUCUGGGCAGGAAUUCCAGCCCUUCCACCACGUGCAGUGUCCGAUGAUAUUCUAGGUGAAUGUCACCCAAUUAGUGGAGUAUCCAUUGCUUUUAAGUCAUACAGUUCUGUACUUUGUAACUUUAGAUUUCGCUGGGGUAUCAGAGUGUGCAAGCUGGAGGAUUGUUAGAUGGUUCAGAGUUCUACAGCUGCCACUCCACCCCACCACUUUUCACUCCACCUAUCCUCCUGGGCACCUCGUUAUUUACUCUCAGUUUCUAUACUUGCCUGCCGUGGACAGCUUUUUAACCUCCUCCCCUGGUGCCCAGGCCUCUGGAACCACCAUUCCUUACUAUAGCCAUGAGGGCCCCAGUGCUCUUGACUCUGGUUCUAUUCUCACUAUCUGCCUAUCAAAUGUAUACUGAUCCUAGCCUUGCACCUUGGCUUUUGCCCAUGUCCAUCCUUGCACAGUAAAUCAGUCUAGAAGUUCUGUAUUCCUGUAGGCACUGCACCAUUGCAAAGCUCGAUGGCAUUGCCAUUUCUACAAGGGUGCUCUCCCGGCAUUCAUACUUUGAUUGCUGGGAGGCGCAUUGCAUUUUAUAUUUAAAUGGCCAUGGGUAGGCUAGCUCUGCUCUGCUUGCACUGUCACAUGUGAACAGACCAGACCAACCAGACUCCUACAAUGUCUCAGAAUAUGGGGAAGCCAAAUGCUAGCUCCUGUCUGUUUUUUCCAUGUGGAAUCAAUACAGGGAUUGAUGUGGUGUUAUGAGCUGGGUAGAGCAGCUUUGUAAACUCCCUGACUGUCUGCUCAUGGUUUUGCAUUUCUCUGUGGCCCAGUGGGUGUCGCAGCAUCACUCUGGAGUUUGGAGAAUUCAGGGUGGUCAUCUUGCGGCUGGAAGGUUGCUAGUUGGAAAUAUGUGAGGACCUGAAGAAGAUUGCGUUCCACCAUUUUGCUAAUGCCACACUCCAGUUCUGUGCUGCUGUGUGGAUUCUGACAGUGAGUCUAAAGGGAGCUUGAGUUCAUUGGUUCUCUUCCUAAGAACAGUGUUCAACUAGGGGAUGACAGAUUGGAGUCACUUGGACAUCGAUGAUAGGAGGGCAUUAGCACCACUGUCCUGAAGCCUCCUGACUGCUUACUCUCUGUGGGAAAGCUCAAAACCACUCCCUCUCAUUUAAUACCUGUGCCCAUGAGAUUCAUUCCACAGGCUACAGUCAAUGCUUGGUACUGUUAUAAAUAAGGUUUCCUAAUGUGAAUGAAAGGGAAUUGGUAGUUGAUCUAUGCUGUGAUAUAAUAUCGUACCCUAAUGCGAUAUGAUAAAGUGCUGCUUACAUGGUAACAAAUCCAGUGGGCUAUCGGUGUCCACUUGUGACAUUAAAGACCAGAAUCAUACAUCUAAAUCCACUUAUCUCUGGGUGUUCUUGACUUCAGUCUUUUUACAUUUGUGUAUUUUCUAACAAAUUCAUGACCAACCUUUUAAUGAAAAUAUUUUUAUAGAACAAAAUAAAUAUUUAUAAUUUAACUCUUAA